AUGACCUACACCUGUCAGCCAUGCUGCUGCAAGACCACCUGCUGCAAGACCACCAGCAGCUCUGAAUCCAGCUGCCCUGUGUUCAUCUGCUGCCAGCCUUGCUGUGCCCCAAGUUGCUGUAGCACACCCUGUUGCUCCAAGCCUAUUUGCUGCAACAGCACCAACACUGGCAAUAGCUGUUUCCAGCUGUGCUGUCCACCAACCUGCUGUGACAGCAACUGUUGCAAGCCAACCUGUGUGACUAUCUGCUGCGUGCCCACCUGCUGCCAGCCUAGCCUCCUUCAGCUCUGCUGCCAACCAACGUGCUGUGAAACCAGCUGCUGCAAGACCACCUCUUUUAAACCC